CACCUGGUCGAUGAGAGUCUGACGCGCCAGAUUAGACGAGUAACGAAGACUUCUUUUCCUUCGCUUUCUGUAUUCAGCAUCCCGUCGCUCCCCACGCGCACGCCUCACAAUGCCGCCCGCCUACACCCAAUCCCAAAAGUCCGCCAUCCAGCAAGUCGUCAACUUCACCAACUGUGACCGGACGACCGCUGCGAGGAUUCUCAAGUCGGCCAACUGGAAUGCCGAACAAGCGAUCAACGGGUACUUCAACUCUGCCGCUAGCGCAGCGCCCACGAAACCGCUAGAGGCAAACCUCAACAAGCUCUUCGAUAAAUACCUCGACAACCCGGCUGAGAAGGACACAAUCGGCAUAGAAGGCACCAUGCAGUACCUCGAGGCGCUCGACGUUCCGCUUGACGACAUCACGUCGUUCGCCGUGCUUGAGGUGGUGCAGAGCCCGACCAUGGGUGAGAUGACAAGGAAGGGAUUUGUCGAGGGAUGGACUGCGAGAGGAGUCGACACCAUCGAUAAGCAAAAGGCCGCCAUCGCCCAACUGCGCCCUGCUCUUUCCGAUCCCUCGUCUCGCGCCCCCAUGAAGAAGGUCUACAAGCACACGUUCAUUCUCGGUCGGCCACAAGGCCAGAAGGCCAUCCCACUUGACCAAGCCAUCGAGUAUUGGCGUCUUCUCUUCUCUCCCGCGGGCCUGAACUGGGCCAGCGGCAGCACGCCCUGGUUGGACUGGUGGAUCGAGUUCCUCGAGAGCAAGUGGAAGCGCACCGUCAACAAGGACAUGUGGGACCAGCUGUUCAACUUCGCGGAGCAAAGCCUGAAGGACGAGAGCCUGAAUUUCUGGAGUGAAGACGGCGCGUGGCCCGGCGUCAUCGACGAGUUCGUCGAGUGGGUCAGGACGGACAAGGGUAGAGGCAAGAAGGAGGGCGGCGACGAGGACAUGGAAGACUAUUGAGAUGGUUGUUGCGCGCCAGGCAUGGACAGGGCUGAAGUGAAGUGAAGUGAAGCGAAUGGGGGUUCAAGUGCCGGUAGAAGACUUCUAUUGAGCACGUUACGAGGGACACGGCUGCUAUACCCAUAAGAGAUGCACACUAUGGUUUGCGCAGAAGGGCGCGAGAGCGGCUAAGCAGGACUCUUCGCAGGGACGGCGGCGGCGGCGGCAAUAGCACACGAGGGGCGGCUUAUGGCGGGACGAGACGAGACGAAGUAAUUGCUAGGCUGGAGGAUCCAGAGGCAGC